AUGACUACUAUUCUUCCAUUAGGUUUAUUGGAUAAGGCAAUAUCAUCAAGAGUAUGGAUUCUAAUGAAAGAUGAUAGAGAAUUCGAAGGGACUUUACGUGGUUUUGAUGAUUUCUUUAAUAUGGUUUUGGAGAAUGUGAUUGAGUUGGAUGGUGGAAAGAAGAAUAAAUUGGAAUCAAUUCUUUUGAAUGGUACUCAAAUAUGUUUGAUUGUUCCUGGAGGGGAAAUAAGUUGA